CUGGUCUCUUUGGCCGUCUGGCAGCGGAUUCAGUUGAAUUUCGACUGCCCGACGAGCCAGUCUCUCCCCGCUUUUCUCGCCCGCGUCGGUCGGUCUGUUCUUUGUCCGCAUCUCCGUUUUCCCAGUGUCUCAGUGCCUCCAGUGCCUCCAAAAAAAUUGUCAAAAAAUAAAUGAAAGAAAGCAAUACAAGUAAUAAAUAAAAACCAGCCAAGAAAAGCCAACCGUGAAAAUAUAAAUACAAAUUCCUGGCGUCAACUGUCAGCGACAGCGGCAUUUUUCCAGCACAAUGUUGUUUCUGUUCAUACUGCGAUUUUAGUGGCGAAAGACAGUUUUGCGCUUGGCUUGCAACCGUUCGAGAUGGCCCCAAAUGGAUUCGGUCGGACACUGGUGGCGGCAGCUGCCUAGAAAUCCUGGAUAGCCCUGCCCCGAAACUGAAGCCGAAAACGCAGAACGCAAAACACAAAACCAAAAACCGAAAACCGAGACCUCGGACUUGAAAAUAAUGUGCUGCAGCAGCGGGCAUUAUUGAAGUUGACACCACUUUGGCACACCGAGCUAAAAGGACAGGGUUAGGAAGCACUGGGUUUUUGGGGGGACACGGAGGGGAACAAUGGUCAUCCAGUGCACAUGUGAUUGCAACUGCAGUGAUAGUAGAGAUAACCGGAGCAUUAUAUCCUGCCUGCUACCGGGUCGCAGCCAGGCGUACAAGUUGGGAUCCUCGUUCGGUGGCGAUGAUAUGGAGCAAAGGACACCAUACUACCGCCGCUCAUCGAAUACCUCAUCGGCGCUCUACGGCAGCUGUCCCCAGUUGUUGCCCAGCAGCAGUAGCACCACCAAUAACCAUCAUUCCUGGCUGAGAAUCCCCAAGAACGGCCAGGAGAAUCCCCAGGAGAAUCCCCAGGAGAAUCCCUCGGAGAAUCCGCGACAGUAUUCGAGUCUGGUGAGGCCCAAGCAACGCAGUCCCGUGCUGUGCAACAAAUCCUGGUGGGUCUCAUGUCCACGGCUCUCUUACUUGCCCGCUGAGCACACGAAAAUGCAGUCCACGGCCACGCCCACCCGUCACUGCCACGGAGGAGGAGGCGGUGGUGGUGGCGCCCAAGCCACUGGUUCCCAAGCCACCAGCACCACACCACCCACUCUGCCCAGAUUCCCGAGCAAACGGCAUUGCGACAAUUUUGGCAGCUAUGCCACAUUGCCCACCAUUGAGCAUCAGAUGCCCAUGAUGCCCCACUGCAGUCGACACGGUGGUGGUGGUGGUGUCGGUGUAGCGGGUGGUGCAGGCCCUGCUGUGAUGCCCGCCCCACCGCCACCCCGUUAUGCGAAUCCCAAUUUGAAUGGCUGCUGUUAUAUGUACAAUCCAAUGCCCGCCGCCCAUCAGAACCAGAGCCACCUCCAGCAUGGCCAUCACCACCCACAGCCCCACCAGAUGCCCCAGCACCACCACCAGAGUCCCCACAACCACCCCCACGCCCACACCCACCCACAGCCCCACCAAUACGCCCCGCAAUACUGCCUCUGCGAUAAUUGGUACCAUCAGCCACCGCCGCCGCAGCAACAGCACCACCAACAAAGGAGCAAGAAUCUAAUGGCCAACGGCGGCUGCUAUUUUGGUUACGAGCCGACCCAUCAUCCCAACCUCCAUGCCACGCCCCCCCAUCCCAGCCACAUCACUGACGAGGAGGAUUCGGCAUUCCCUGGACUGGCCGAUCGAGAGUUCCACAUGCUCCACCGGAAUAUUCCGGCACUGCGACGAACCGGAGUGGAUACCACACGGAUUAGACAGUAUUUCUAUCCCGAUGGCGGCUGGGGAUGGAUCAUCUGCGGCGUGUCCUUUCUGGUCCACAUCCUGACCACCGGACUGCAGCUGAGCUACGGCCUUUUGUGGUUCUAUGCCGUCCAGUAUUUGCAUAAUACCAGUGGCAUAGAACUGCUGGGCGCUUUGAGCUGGUCAGUUUCCAUGGUGGCCACAUCGUUUGUGGUGUCCCUCUGUCGCAAACGCUCCAUCCGCCUUCUAUCCAUCGUGGGCGGACUGGUGAUGCCCCUGGGCAUACUGUUCACCUCAUUUGCCACGGAAUUUGGCCAGGUUGUUUUCAGUUAUGGCGUCGUCUUCGGAGUGGGGGUCGCAAUGGUGCGGGAGGCAUCCACCGUGAUGUUGGGCAAUUACUUUAAGCGGCGCCGUCAAUUCGUCGAAAUGGUGGCCAUGUCCGGCGAGGGAGUUGGCAUCGCUUUGUUCUCCGUCAUUUUGAAGGAGGGCGUGGGCAAGGCGGGAUGGCGCCUGGGCCUCCAGAUUGUCGCUGCCCUGACGGCACUCAGCUUUUUCAUGGGCCUAAUGUACCGCCCCGCCUCCCUAUAUCAUCCCCAACGGCGGGCCAUCCAGCAUCUCAAAAAUCAGCGCAAAAAGAUGCGGGAGAAGAAGCCGAUUCUCAGCCAGGAGGUGGAGAGCACUCCGAGAUACUUGUUUCUGGACAUAUCAUCACUGAAGUCGGUGACCGUUAAAAUUUUACUCAUGACCUCCAGCGUUGCCUCCUUCGGCAUUUAUACACCCAUGUUCCUAAUGGCUCUUAAUGCCGCCGAGCAGGGCUCUGAUGUGCAAGAGUUGGUUCUCCUGCAGACUUUCUUGGGAAUUUCCAUGGCCCUGGGAGUGGUUAUAGCUGGAGCCUUGCUGAGACGCUGUUUUGUGAUCAGGCACUUCGUGAUCAAUACCAAAAUAGUCACACAGAUGUUCAUAUCAAUUGUGGCCUUGGCUAUCCUGUUUCUGUCCUUUGUCAUGGGUUAUACUGGCCUGUGCAUACUGAGCUGGUUGUAUGGCAUUGGUCUGGGUGGUUUUCAGUACUCGCUGAAAAUACUGGCACUGGAACGCAUUAAGCUGAAACAUUUCUCCAAGGCCUGGGGUUUUAUUCGAGGGGUUGAGUCAGUUCCUGUGCUGAUAAGCGUACCACUCACCUCGUUUCUGAACGAUUACUCCCUUAAAUACGGACGGGCGGGCUAUUACAUAUGCUCAGCGGCAGCAGCCAUCUCGGGAAUUAUAAUAUUUUUCAUAAGUGAGCCACAGCAGCAGCAGCAGCAGCAGUUGCAUCAUCAUCAAUAUCAGCAGAGAAAUGGUCAUUUGCCGACUCCCAUGCUGAUGCGCCACUCCUCCGCCCGCCAGCACCGCCCCCAUUUGCCGAUGGACUACGGCUAUGGGGAGUACCCCGCCCCCGCCCCGGACCUCCUCAGUCGGAGCUGCAUUAGUCUCAAUCAAAUGGAGCCCUAUCUGCAGUCCAACUACUGCCAAAGACACAUGUUGCAGCAGCAGCAGCAGCAGCAACAACAGCAGUUGCAGCAACAUUCCCAUCUGCAGCAGUUGGCCUGCCACAAUCUCGACUUGCAGCAGCACCAGGUGCGUGGAGCCUACCAGUUGGGCCAGGGGAGCAUUGGAGCCAGGAUGGGGAAGCGCCUGCAGCGGAGUCUGUCCUUCAUCCAGCAGCACAGCAACUGCUGCGACGGACAGAUGUACUGCAGUUGGCACAGCACCUACGAACUGGGCUGCCACAAGAGCAACAAGAACCCGGUAUCGGCGGACCGACAGCCAUUGAUAUGCACCUGCAGCAGUCCAAAUAGGACUCCGGCCACCUAUGGACAUCCCGCUCCGCCCACCUCCGCCCGCAGUCGCAGUGUUCCGGAGGGCUUAUCCACGAUGUCGCAGCAGUGUAACUGUCGGCAGGGUCCCGCCCCCUUUCCACCACCCACCAGGGAGUUCAUCUACGUGCCACACGCCUACGCCUCCCUCCAAAGGACACCCCAUCGCCAGAGCCAGGGUUCGGGUUCGGGGGCAUUGCGAAACAAUCCACAAUGCCGCCUGAAACGAUCCCAAUCCCUUUGCCGACCCACUGCCGUGCAGUUCGUGGAGCAAAUCACCACGUCCGUAUAAGAAAAUUGGGGGUGACAGGAGCACUCGGAAAAAAUUCAUGAAAUGCAUUAAAUCGACAGAGGAAAUUUCUGCCAAAAUUGUAAAUCAUUUUCCAAACUAACUUUUUAACACCUUUAAAAGUGAUUUUUGAGAAUCUUUGUUCCAUGUGCAAAUUCUUAAAUGUACUUUCUUGAAGUAUUGUAACCUUUUAAAAUAAAAUGCCAAAUGUCCAUCAGAUAUUUCUUUUAUAAUUUUGAAAUACUUUCAAGAAGUAUAAACUUAUAUUUUUAAUUUCACUAAAUUAUUAUUUAUGCAUUUUUUUAUUCAAUUUGAUUCUUACUGUAAAAAUCAUGUUUUCUCCGCCGAUUUAAUACAUUUCAGUACCAAUUUUUCCCAGUGUCAAGCAAGGCAGAGAAAAAAAGCAAAUCGAAGAGGCGCCCGCAACAAUUGGGUCCUAUAAAACUUAUAUUUUGGUAUUGUGGUCCCAGCCACACACACGACUACGUGAAUCGCAUGCACAAUUUGUCAGAUCUCUUCUAGUCUUUUGUCGUAGCUCUAUUAGAAAUGUAAACUUAAAAACUCGAACCGAAUGAUGGCGAAAGUGUAACUGAAAUCCCACAGCACCCAAACGAAAAACAAAACUUGAUGAAUUUUUCACAGAGCAUCCACAUUAAACUUUUACACACACGCAUGUACUAAGCUAGGAUGAAAUUUUUACUCAUUAGCAUAUUAAUAUAUUAUAGAGAUUACAGACAGACGGAAAAGCUUUAUCUUUGUCCCAAGCAAAAAGUAUUCAACUUGCGGCCAAUACAUAAAUAUUUAUGAGAUAAUUUAAUGAAGCGGAGGACAAACGAAAAUGAAAACGGAAAAUGGAAAACAAACUUCUUGAAUGGUCCAUUUUAUAAACGUGCAUACAAUUUAACCACCGAAAACCGAUUACCGAUAUAUAUACAAGCGAGAAUGUGUACAUGGACAUAAAGUCGAUCCAAUUAAACGACUCUUUACCCGGAGGACAAGGCUGAGCUGUCCUGAGUGCCGAGUUUUUCGUGUCGGCCAAGUACUUUAUUUUUCAAUAACAAUUAUAUACUGCAUAAUUAAGAGGCGUUUAACGGCGGACAACUGAACAAGGCCAAACAAAAUGGCAAUGUAAACGAAAAUUACGUUCGCCUUAUUUCCCAAUCGAAAUGAGGCAUAUGGAAUAAUAUUAAUUGCCAUUAUGAUAUCCAUAAUUAAAUGAGAACAUAACCAAUUUCGGUCAUUUAAAAAUAAUUUGGAACACAAGCUGAUAUUCCUAGUGCAUUUAUUUGUUCAGAGAAUAAACUCAAAUUCAUUUUUGUGAUUUUACAAAUUAUUUGCUGUUUAAGCAUCAAAAUAUUUUACAUGAAAACAUUUUUGAGUUGAAUAUAAUUUAACGACUUUACCUUGUAUUUUCAACAAAGCUUGAGAAACUUAUACUUUUACUGUGCAGAACUUUAAAAUUGUAUUCCAUUUUAUUUUCAACAAGGGAAAUUCCGCCUGUUAAUGUUAUCAAUUGGAGUUUAGCUGCGGUAAUCCACUAUAAAUUACAAAACAUAUGGUCUAUAAACAACGGCAAUCACAAUAAGGGAAACACGCAAAGCCAAUUUGUAAGUCAUUAGUAAUUUAUCAUAAAAAAGUAUCGAACGUUUUUAAAAAAGCCAGGUGCAUAAUCAGCUAAAUAACAAAGCAAAUUACAAACAAUUAAAAAACAAAAACCAAUGAGAUAAUGGCAUGAUACACCAAAUAAAGACAGAGAAAAGGUCAACAGGAUAAAUAUUAUAUUUCAAAAAAGGCAAAUAAACAAACAAGCCAGACAUAAUAAUACAGAAAUAACAUCAGCGGAUGAAAGCAUGCAUAAAGUGAAUAUUAAAUUCAACUAGUAUAAUGGCAAUCGAAAAAUAAACAAAACCUACAAAAUGCGCAACAAAUUUAAACAAUAUGUUUAAAGAAAACAAAAUGCGAAUGUCUAACGAAACGAAAAACCAAUUUAUAAAAAUUUUCAAACGAAAUUAUAAAUUUAUAAAAGGCCAUAAAAGAAGCAAUACGAAUUUUCCGCAUCUCACCUAUUUUGUAUAUACAUUUCCAUUGAAAAUAUUCACAAUACACGAAUAAAUGGACUUAAACAAACCAACUGCCAUAAAACGCAAAAAACGUUUGCAUUUCUUUAAAAGAAUCUAUAUAAACCUUUGAAUAAUUCUUUCCUCUUUCACGGUCCUUAAAAUAAAUUAGACAUAAAUUACGACUUCAACUAAAUUUUCGCCAAUUGUGUUCAGCGAAAUCGAACAACUUAGCAUAAAAUAAUAUUACACCCUCAAGCAUAUCUAUGUGCCAAAAACUUAAACCAUUAACUAUUUGCAAUUAUGCCGAAAUAAAAAAAAUAACUAAAAAACUUAAGGUACAACUUGUAGCUAAAAUAAAUUUUUAUCUGAUGGAAUUUAGAUACGUGAAAUUUUUCAGAGAAAAACCUAAGCGCAGCAACUCAUAUUUGUAACUCUUUAUCAUUAGUAGUUUAGUGUGAUAAAUGUUAAUAAAGAAACCAUAAACGAAA